AAACACGAGUACUUUACUAAUUAUAGAUACUUCCUUGCCUUCAAUUAUUCCUGGAAGGAGCCAUCGCGAUGUCACUGAUAUCGGCCAAGCGCGCCUUGUUCUUCAGCUUCAUUCUCUUCAUCCCCUUUCUGAUCUCAACGCCUACUUCAGUACUCGCUAGACAACCGCACAACAUCAAUUUUAGGUCGCUGAAUCUCUACCCGGAAGGCCUUGCUUGGGAUCCAUCGGGUCAGCACUUUCUCGUCGGAUCACUCAAUCAACGGAUCGUCUCCGCCGUCUCCGACGCCGGCGUCGUUGAAACCUUUAUCUCCGAUCCUUCGCUUCCCGAAAAUGUCACCUUUUCUGGGCUCGCCGUCGAUUCCCUGAAGAAACGCCUCCUUGUUGUCGUCCACUCUAGGGAGCCUCUCCCACCGUUCAAUGCCCUAGCCGCCUACGACCUUCGUUCCCGUCAACGUAUCUUCCUGUCUGUUAUUAACGCUGCCGGAAACGACGAUGGAGCUACCCGUCCAAUUGCAAACGACGUCGCGGUGGAUUACAAGGGUAAUGCCUAUGUCACCAACUCUGCUGGUAACUACAUCUGGAAGGUCAACGAAAGAGGAGAAGCCUCAAUCUUCUCGAGGGCGCCGCAGUUCACUGCUCAUCCUGUGGACCGCGAUACACCGUAUAGUUUCAUUGGGCUGAAUGGGAUUGCUUAUGUCUCCAAGGGGUAUCUUCUGGUGGUGCAAUCCAGUACGGGCAAGAUGUUCAAGGUAAGUGAGGAUGACGGGAGAGCGAAGCUGGUGUUGUUGAACGAGGAUUUGACUGGUGCGGACGACAUAGCUAUCCGAAGUGACGGCGUCGUUUUUGUUGUCUCCCCUGUGAAUAGGCUGUGGCUUUUGAAAAGCCAAGAUAGUUGGGCAGAGGGAGUGGUGUAUGAUAAGAUUGACCUUGAUUUGGAGAGGUUUCCUACAUCGGUUGCUGUGGGGGAAAGGGAUAGAGUGUAUGUGUUAUAUGGGCAUGUGAACGAGGGGACAGUGGAGAAUUCAGGGAGGGAAAGUUUUAGUAUCCAAGAAGUGAGAUCAAAGAAGGAGGAGGAAGAUGAUAAUAUUUGGAUGUUCAUUUUGAUUGGGUUAGGCUUCGCUUAUUUCUUGUUUUGGAGGUUUCAGAUGCGGCAGCUUGUGACCAAAAUGGACAAGAAGAUUAAUUAAUUCCCACAAUUCCCUCAUUUUGUGAUUUGCAUGUUCCGUAAUUGUAAAUUCGCUAGUUUUUCUCACAUUUUUGAAACUUAAUAGCUCGUUUCAAAUCUUAAUAUUUAUCCUUUAUUGCAAUAUGGAAUCCUUUUACAUGUUGAACCCUGGUAGCAUGGAGAUAAAAUCUCUAACCUCGUCUUUUGAAUAAUUAUAUUCCAGUCUGGGAGCUGUUUAUGCCCACCACAUUGUUUCUAAA